AUUUGAUUUGAGUUUAUAAAAGACCUGACACAUGAGAGUGAGAAAGUGACAAAACCCGAUCAUGGAGACUCGGUGCAUUUCAGGCUGGUUUCUCCUCUGUCUACUUUCAGUCAGUGAAUGCAGUCAAAUCGUUGGUAUUGAGGGUCAGAAUAUCACUCUGCCAUUUAAAUAUGAUGCCAAAUCUCAUGGUCUACAACACAUUUGCUGGGGGAAAGGAAUGAUCCCGAGCUCUGGCGGUUGUGACAAUGAAAUAAUCUCGACUGAUGGGUCUGAAGUGACGCGUAGAUCGUCGGUUCGGUAUCAGUUAUUGGGUGAGCUGAAGACGGGGGACGUCGCUCUAACCAUCUCCAAUAUCACAGAGAAAGACUCUGGAACGUAUGGAUGCAGAGUGCAGUACGUUGGAUGGUUCAACGAUGAGAAAUAUCAUGUCAGCUUGACCAUUGAGAAAGCACCUGUCCCGACAACAUCCCAGACAUCUGCCAAUGUGACCAUAACCCCACAGACCAUGGACAACCACGACCACGGUCCUGUGACCACAACAUCCACUGAGUAUUCAUCCACGCCAUAUUACAGAGAAUCAAAAUCAGAGACAAGAGGCCACAACCUGGCUGUGAUCCUGGGGUCCAUUCUGCUUGUUCUGACAGGGGUGGGGAUUGUGUCUGUACUCGUCAUGAGAAAGCGAUGGGAAAGAGUUGCUAUGGGACUCAAAUGUAAACCACAGCGCUCUGGCGGCUCAGUCCUGUACAGAAACUCAGUGUCCAGCUUGGGCCUGCACACGCGAGAGACGGCUGUAGAGAACGUCUAUCAGAUAGAGGACAACGAGAGAGACGACUAUGAAGAUAUCCACUGACGGAGCACGGACACUUCGCCACCACGCUCACGCUGUUAACACGUUGUAUAGUGCAGUAGCUCUGUGUUACAAGGCUGAGGUUGACUUACAGGCUAAUGAUUCAGUCGGACAAGACAAAAGUAACUACAGAAUCAGCAGUGUUUGCUGAUAAGUGAACCAAAGAGUUGAUUUGUGUUAUUGAAAGGUUUAUUUGAAAAAAAGAGCCUUACUAAUAUGGCUUCCUUU